CCCGGCCCGUCGGGACUCGGGAGUGGCUUUCUGCGCCCCCAGGGUGCGCCCGGAGCGCAGCUGCGCAAAGAUCAGCGCAAYCCAGGGACGCGAUGGGUGCGUAGCGCCUGAACUCACAAAGGGAUUGUAGCUGAGCUUUGUUUUAUGUACGUCUGAGAUAUUUUUUUAAUUCAUUUUUCAAAAAUGAGACGAGUCAGACCCGGGUUCUACAACAAGGAAGUGAACCAAAGCGCGUGGGUAGUCCCUGAGCGGUACCAGAACCUGCGGCAGGUCGGGGCCGGGGCGUACGGAACAGUGUGUUAUGCGCUGGACACCAAAACAGGGGCCAAAGUGGCGAUCAAGAAGCUCUAUAGGCCUUUCCAGUCGGAGACGUUCGCCAAGCGGGCCUUCAGGGAGCUGAGGCUCAUCAAACACAUGAAGCAUGAGAACGUCAUUGGUUUGCUGGAUGUGUUCACUCCAGACCUUUCUUUGGACCGGUUCCAUGAUUUUUAUAUCGUGAUGCCGUUCAUGGGAACAGAUCUGGGGAAGCUGAUGAAGAAACUUAGUCUGUCAGAUGAAAGAAUUCAGUAUCUGGGUUAUCAGAUUCUCAAAGGUCUUAAGUAUAUCCAUUCUGCUGGCAUUAUUCACAGGGAUUUAAAACCCUCAAAUCUAGCCGUGAACCAGGAAUGUGAGCUAAAGAUUUUAGACUUCGGUUUAGCACGGCAGGCGGACAGCGAGAUGACGGGGUAUGUGGUGACCCGCUGGUACAGAGCUCCGGAGGUCAUCCUGAACUGGAUGCACUACACGCAAACCGUGGAUAUUUGGUCCGUGGGCUGCAUCUUGGCAGAGAUGCUCCAAGGAAGAGCUCUUUUUAAAGGMGCCGAUCACAUAGAUCAGCUGGAGCAGACCUGGAAGGUCACAGGAACACCGACUCAAGAGUUUAUAUCGAAACUAGAAUCAGAAGACGCUAAAGAUUACCUAAAGAAAGCUUCAUCAAAGCCUAAAGCAGAUCUUCAUACAUUAUUCCCUGAUGUUAAUCCACAAGCCGUGACUGUCCUGGAGCGCAUGCUGCUGCUGGAUCCAGAGGAGCGGGUAACGGCUGCAGAGGCRCUCGCUCUGCCUUACUUUGCUGAAUUCAGGGAUCCGGAGGAGGAGACGGCGUGCGAGCCGUUCGACUUCACGGUUGUCAAYGCAGAGCUUACGGUGGAUCAGUGGAAACGUCACACCUUCACCGAGAUCUUGACCUUUAAACCCGUUUCAAUAAAUUCCAAGGAAUCCACCCUAUAAUGGACCGAGUUCACAGUGCAACCUGGGACCAGAACAAACCAAAACCUUGACAAGGCUUAACGAGGAGCCAGCUGAUGAUGAAUGAGGCCUUCAGGUGAUCAACUCAACCGUUUGAAGAAAACUAGAAAUCCUUUUGAUUACUAAGCAGGUAACAAUUAAGCAUUUUAAAUUGCAUCAUAGAGGUGUUUUUUUCUUUUUCUUUUUUUUUUAAUUAGCUAAUUUUCAGGUACUUGCACUCCAGGC